AUGGUGUAUUCGAAUUGGCCUGAUGAUUUGAUAACAGAGAUUCUAGUGAGACUGCCCGUGAAAUCUCUUUUACGAUUCAAAUGUGUGCAUAAGAAUUGGUACUCUCUUAUUACAAGCUCUUUUUUUGUUAGAAAACACCUUCAUCACAAGGAAAACCCUACCCAUCUCUUAAUACCUAUUUAUGGCGAAGAUGUGAUCUCACAAACCGGCACCACUAUUUAUGUGUUGCCCGAUAAAAUAUUAUCCGGUUUGAUUCCUGAAAAGCCUAGUCAUUCACAGAUUUCUGUACAAUUGAAUCAGUUUAUUGGUCGUGUUGAUGGCUUAUUUUUCUUGCUCAAUAUUUCAUAUCAGAGCCAUGUCAAUGAUUCACAUCGUAUGGCUCUGUGGAACCCAGCUACAAGAGAGUUUAGACCUCUUCAACUAAAUCUUCCCAAGUUUACCCAAUCUUAUUUUAGGUAUUAUGAUAGUGUAUUUGGCUUUGGCUUUGAUCCAAUAAGUCAAGAUUACAAGGUGGUUUGCAUUUGGUUUCUUUCUGAUCAAGAUGCGUCUAUUCCUUAUGUGUGGUUUGCUGCCGUUUACUCAUUAGACAAUGACUGUUGGAAAAAGAUAACCUGCAAUUUUGAUGCUGAUCUAUUAAUGCAUAGGUCAAUAAUGAGCUCGACCUGUUUCAAUGGAUUUUAUUAUUGGUGUGCAAACAUUACUGUUACAGUCAGCCACAAUACCUAUAAGCAAAUCCUCCUAAUCCGAUUUUUCGAUAUGCACAAUGAAGUGUUAGGUGAAUUUUCAUGGCCUAACCAUAUACCAGCAUUUGAUCUUUGUGAUCUCACUAUUUAUAAGGAGUCCCUUUGCCUACUCGUGCGUCAUCUUGAUCUCGACGAUGAUCAUAACAACAACUACUCUGAUCCUCCAAUUGAUAUAUGGGUUAUGAAAGACGAAAGAUUGUGGAUUAAAGUUCUUAACGUGGUUCCUACGAGGACUGAACUUCUUAAUGUGGUGCCUACGAUAUCUGAGUGUCAGCCUAUAGGGUUUUGGGGUCAUGAUAAGUUUAUAUUUUCACGUCAUGAAAAUAUAAUGUUAUAUGACUCUAAAACUCAUGAAUUUACACAUCUACUUGAUAAAAACGAAGAGCGGUGUUAUAGUUCUGUUUUUAAUUACAGGGAGAGUCUAGUUUUCAUCGAAUGGGAAAACGUGUGUCAUAGGCAAGGCGAUGUCUUGGAUCUCAUUCAAGAUUUUUUUUAAGAUAGCGAAGAUGAAGAACUUUGAAUGGAGGUGAUUUUGUGUCAUUCUUUGCUUGGUACAAAUUAGAUGGGAAGAAGUCUGCUAUUAGAAAAACAAAUUAUGG